ACCCCAUCCAAUGGCGUCCUACAGUUGCGUUCUGGUUUCGGCCAUUGCAGUUUCUCCCGCCAAGACUACAUGCUUCAACGGACUUAAUUAUCCAACAUUUUCCCCUUCUUCUUCUUCUUCUUCCCUUGUAAAGCCCUUUGUAAAUUGUACCUUAACUUCUUCCAUCAUAUACAGAGCAACUCCGGCCACGGCCAGCUGCGUUUACCAUGAUCCGAUACCGGAGUUUGCAGAAGUUGAAACCAAGAAAUUUAAGGAGCAGUUAUCGAAGAAGCUAGCGAAGGAUCGCGAGACGUUUGGGAACGACCUCGAUUCGGUUGUGGAGGUUUGCUCAAAGUGAUCGAUUCUGAUUCCAAGGGAAACAAUUUGGGUUUACCUGCUGGUUCUUCUCCGUCUCUUCUACUUCACCGCCGGCAGUCCGCUUCUCCUCCGACUCCAUCAAUGGCUUCUUGGAUUUUGCAUACUUUUUAGCCCGCAACACCUUCAUAACCUCUGGAGGUUCCAAACAAAACGUCGGUAAGGGCUAAACUUACUACCAAACAGAGAAGGAACAGAAAAGCUGUAUCAUACCCUGAGUGGUGACGAGCCGAUAGGCAUGGCCAAGAGCAAGAGUGUCGUUUGGCCGGAGAAGCUUAACACGAGUAAAACGCACCGUUUUGGGCUCCGGAUUGUCAUCCUCAGAUUGAGGUAAGGGAAUUAUAAGAGAAACAUAGUGACCCGGAUUAGUUCUCAUGACCUCGCUAGCCACCACCGGCCAAUACAGCCUCUCAAUCCGGCCAGUUGGGUGCUGUAUAACCAGAGCCGCCGCAUCAACCGCCUGGCAAUUCCCCAUCCGAACUCUGUGAUGGUAGAUUGAAAGAAGACGAGGAAGAGGAGGAAAAGGAAGAAGAAGAUGAUGAUAAAUAGGAGGAAAAGAAGUCCCUUUCUAUACAGCUUCUUUGCUCGCCAAAUGGGUCUACUUAGAAUUGCAGGCCGUCCAUUCAUAUAUCUCGCACUUCCCAACUAAUUUAAUGCAACGCGGGUCAAACUUAUAUCGAAAAUUGACAUUGUAACGUACGGAUAAUAUAGUAUUCAACUUCACCUUCUUUUACUUUUUA